CAGACAUCACUGCUGUUGAACAAGCAUCACAAACAAAAAAAUUCAAAACUUUGCCCGAGAAUAAGUUAAUGAUUAAAGAACGUUUUCCCUCAGUGAAAGGACGUUGAACAGAGCCUCGAAAACCAAGCAAAUAUCUUGGCCUUAAACUUGGACAGAAGAAAUCAAAAAAAUUUCAGAAGCCUAAAUGAAGCAAGUUGGUAGGAUGCAACGCGAAGAAUUAUCUGAGUGUGGUUCUGGGUUCGCAACUGGGCUGUUUUCACCAGUGAAUCCAGUCAAAGAAAACGUUAAUCUUCUUCACCUUAAAACCAUCUCCCAGUCAUUCGACGAUCUGACAAGUGAGACACUUUACAGCAAGUGGAAAAAGGCGCGAAAAAAUGGCGCCAAAAUUGGCCGCCAUAGUAGAAGCAUCUCUCUUAUUUCUUUGCCAGAGGAAGAUUUGGCUAUCGGCAAAGAUGAUGGAAAAGAAUUCACAAACAGACUUGCUUUGGACCUACGUCGACAAAUAUUCAGACAAAGAGGUUGGACUGUCAGUUCAGGCGAAAAUUUGAAAGAGAAAGUUGAUUCAUUUCCUGACACGGCGUCGAUGUGCUCGACUGAACCCGACGGAUUAACGAUUACGACAUUUAGUUCGUCGGACAAUCUCGACGAUGAUGUCUUCGCCUCCAGUUCAACAAAACCUGACAAGGCUGACUCAAUUCAAGUCAAAAAAUUGAAAAUUAUUUCAGAAAUCAUCUCUGGUACUUCGGGAGAUUUCGUAAGGAGGAUCCGAAGUCUCUCCGACAGUGACCAAAGAAUUUCCGACCGCCCGAUUCGAGCCCGAAUACGAAGCGACCCUGACUCAAACACUCGGGUGGAAGUCGGAAAUCGUCGGAGGAGCUUAUCAUGCAGGGAAGCACGAGAAAUUGAAUUCCUGCGGACAGCAGAAAUGGCGCAACGCUAUCUUGAUGCGCAACAAGAAGAUGUAUGGAAGAAGAGGAGUUUGAGUUCUUCCGGGAAUGGUACGCCGAGUGAAAGGCAUAAAAGAAUCCCUCGUGGUCCUGUGAUCCAUACAAGGUCCGAAGGCAAUUAUAACCUCGUGAAUAUUCAGGAAACCGCCUCAUUUGGAUUCACAGAUGACAGGUCACAAGCAGACUCCGAAGAGCGUUACGUGUUGUCUACAUAUGGACUGAUCCAUCAACCGCGGAAACCACAAUCCUCGUACCUAAGAUCACUGACAAAUAAUACAUUCUCAGUCAGCCAAGAGAUUAAAAAAUCGAGCCAAAACCCAGGGUUUUUACUAAGAACGAUGAGUGAACCAAAUCAGCGAUCUACGAAGGAGCUUAGUUCGAGCGAGGAGAAGGAGAAGGACGAAAAGAAGGUUUUAUUCAAAGAGGUUGAUGUUAUCGGCAGCUUACCGAAGGGAACUUAUACUCGACCUCACGGAGUAAGACGAGCUCAAACCUUACCACGAAUGCCAAAGCGGCCUUUGAACAGUUUUAGCAUGAAGAAUUGGAAAGAAAAUGAGCUAAGAACACGUAAAACCGCCAAUGAUUUACUUGAUCAUAUCAACAACAGCUCGGACAAAACUCAACAAGAAAGGGUCGAUGUUGUAGAGAAGGCGUUUGAAUGGAUUCGCAAAGAAGUCGCUGAUUUAAGGGCUCAAGAUAAGGAUAUUAUGCGUAUGUUUACCAAGAUUCAAGCAGGGAUUCGACAUAUUAAAUUCGAUCAAUCGAACUUGAUGGAAAGCGAUGAAGAUUUUAUUUCAACCCCGGAUUUGAGUCGAGAGAGAGCAUCAUCUUUUCAGAGCAAAGAUGAUUUAUCGGUCACUCGAAGAGCUAGUUUGCUGUAGUAACAAUUUUUAACCAGUUUAGAGCUACGAAUUUCAAGAUUAUUAAAGCAAAAUACGAUGCCCCUUGGGAUAAUUUAUAAAGUAUCAUAAGCUAAGUACAAAGGUCUUUUGUUUAUUGUAGAAAGAACAAUGAUAACACAAGGAAUUAAUUCACUUUUAAAGUCAACAAAGCGCCGCUUAGAGUCAAAUAGGUAUUGAAAUUAUAAUACCAAUUUAUCAUUUGUAUAUAUGGAUUCUUUCUUUCCCAAUUCUAUUGAUAAAAAGAGCAAGAUUUUUUUUUAAUCUAUAGACUGUACUCCUGAUCCAAAACAGGACUUUAAAAAAAUACACAAUGAUAUUUCAACAAGAUUUGGCGGUGGCGUACGAUCGAUCGAUGCUAGUGAAGAUCUUUCGUACUUUAUGAAUAUAAAAUAGAUGUAUAAUUUAUUAUUAUAAGCGAUAAAGAUUUUGAUCUAUUGGCUGUGCUAAAUAAUAAAAGUAUAAUUUUGUUA